AUGUCAACUGUGAGCAAUGCUACAAAUAUAUUUUGGCAAGAUUGUCAACUAGGAAAGCCUGAACGGCAGAAGCUACUUAACCAAAAGGGAUGCGUUGUAUGGAUUACUGGACUCAGUGGAUCAGGAAAAAGCACAUUGGCAUGUUCUUUAAGCAGCGAACUGCACUCAAAGGGAAAAUUAUCUUAUAUCCUUGAUGGAGAUAACCUUCGUCAUGGACUAAACAAGGAUCUUGGUUUUAAACCUGAAGACCGCACUGAAAAUAUUCGCAGAACUGGUGAAGUGGCGAAACUGUUUGCCGAUGCUGGUCUAAUAUGUGUUGCCAGUUUGAUAUCUCCUUAUCGAAGAGACCGGGAUACUUGUCGUGCCAUGUUGCCUGAUGCCAACUUUAUUGAGGUCUACAUGAACAUGCCUCUAGCAUUGUGCGAGGCACGGGAUCCUAAAGGUCUCUAUAAGCUUGCUCGUGCUGGAAAGAUCAAAGGUUUUACCGGCAUUGAUGACCCUUAUGAACCACCCUUGAAUUGUGAGAUAGAAAUAAAGGAGGACAAUGGAGUUUGUCCGACGCCAAAUGUGAUGGCAGGACAAGUUGUUUCUUACUUGGAGGAGAAAGGAUUUCUUCAUUGUUAA